UGCUUCCCAGCCACCACCUUCCUGGUCCACCUCCCCCAUCUCUCUAGCCACCUACACAACUGCCUACACUGAACGCCUUCGUAACGACUCUCCGACCAUUCAACUUCUAUCGCUUUCCUCUUUACAGCUCCACCAAAGCCCUCGCCGCCCGUUUAAACUCACGCGACCUUCGUUGUUACGUGCGACGUUGUUACGUGCGACGUUGACGCAUCUCGCUCCAGCAGCUCACGUCAUUACCGUCUAGUCGACUUCGCGACCUCCGCUUCUUCCACCACCCCACGCACCGCGACCUCCACCACUACACGUCUACAAAUCUACCAACACCAGCAAGAUGUCUGCACGCAAGAAGGUUAUGCUCAAGGUCAUCAUCCUCGGCGACAGCGGCGUCGGAAAGACCUCUCUCAUGAACCAAUACGUCAACAAAAAGUUCAGUGCCAGCUACAAAGCCACGAUCGGCGCCGACUUCCUGACAAAAGAAGUACUCGUCGACGACCGCCUAGUUACGAUGCAGCUAUGGGACACAGCGGGCCAGGAGCGCUUCCAAUCCCUCGGAGUCGCCUUCUACCGUGGCGCCGACUGCUGCGUUCUCGUUUACGACGUCAACAACGCCAAGUCGUUCGAAACCCUGGAUAGCUGGCGCGACGAGUUUCUUAUCCAAGCAUCGCCACGGGAUCCAGACUCGUUUCCGUUCGUCGUGCUCGGAAACAAGAUCGAUGUCGACGAGAGGAAGAGGGCUAUCUCACAAAAACGCGCUAUGGCGUUUUGCCAGAGCAAAGGCGGCAUCCCGUACUUUGAGACUAGUGCGAAAGAAGCCGUCAACGUUGAGCAGGCCUUUGAGGUGAUUGCGAGAAAUGCCCUGGCACAGGAGGAGAAUGAGGAGUUCACUGGUGACUUCCAGGACCCAAUCAACAUCCACCUUGAGAACGAACACAGCGGCUGCGGUUGUUAGUAUGGCGAGUUUGAGGGAUGGUGAUCGUUAUGCAUUGGUUCGGUUGGUUUCGUGGAGUGGAGUACGGCAAUACUUACUUGUGGGCACACACUUUCAUCUGUUCCCUCCCUUCCUACUACGAUCCGCACUCAUGAUCCUCAUUUCGUCAUCUCCGUUAUGUCUCUGUAUGUCUGCUUGUUUUGCCGUUUACUGCUUUACUGGCGGUGUUCCUGGUGCUGUCUCAUGCCUUCCCUUUACCGUCACGUUCCAUUUACGUACGAUUACAGUAGUUUCUGUUGUGUUUUCCUUUGCUGCCGAUAUACACCGAAGGCGCUCGGCGCGGGCCGAAGGAGAGUGGCGUGGUUGGGUGAUCCCGUAGGAGGGGGUUGUGAUGGAGGUGCAAAGUUGUACAAUUACGCAUUUGACCACCUACAAUAGACAUCGUGAACACA